AUGCAAUCGAGCUCAAUACAAAUAACAACGCUUAAAGAACAACUUCAUCAAGAAAUGUGUGAACGUAAAUCAUUUCUUCAUCGUUCAUUAACAAAUGGGGAUGAAACAAAUGCUCUUCGCCGUGAAAUAACUGAUUCAAUGUCAAUUGUUUCUCAUGAUCCAUAUAAUCUUGAUCCUGUUCUUUUGAAUCAUGAAACAAAACGAUUAACUGAUUUACAAGGACCACCUGUACGUUAUCGUUCACCAACUUGA